CAGCCGCCAACAGCGAGGCAACAUAAAAUUUCAAGGGAGUGAGUAAACUUCGGAACUUCGCUUCUUGUUAUAAUUCCCUGCUCCAUUGCCGAGUUAUUUAUUGCCGUCAGUCGAAACAUCGGCGGAGAAUGAGAGAAACUGAAGGUCUGGAGCAGCGGAGGGAGAGCUGCGGCGAAACCAGAAAGCGCAAUCAUAUUUACUUCGAAGGGUUUGACGAAGAAAGAACAAAGAGGCAGAAGUGGGUCUCCCAAGCACAAACCCUAACUGUAAAUUCCUAUUCCAGCCAAUUUCGAAACUUUCGCUCUUCGUCUUCGUCCUCAUCCAGAUCUAGAUGGAAUUCUAUAAACCGGAAUGCUUCCUGGGGUUCUCGCAAGUGGGUAUAUUCCUCUGGUGAUUUUUCUAAUUAUAAAGAUAGAAUAGUCAUUGUAUCUUAUAAUAUACUCGGGGUUGAAAACGCAGCAAAGCAUCCUGAUUCAUACCUUAAUGUCCCACAAAAUUUUUUGAGCUGGUCUUGGCGUAAGAACCUUAUAAGGAAGGAGAUAAUUGGCUAUAAACCUAGCAUAAUCUGUUUCCAGGUGAAUUCUUGAGCUCAAGCCUUGUGAAUGCAGGAGGUUGACCGCUUUGACGAUUUAUGUGAUUUUCUUAAGAAGGAUGGCUUUAAGGGUGUUUACAUGCCUCGUACCGGUGAAGCGUGUGAUGGUUGUGCUAUAUUCUGGAAGAAAAAAGUAUUUUCCCUUUUACAUGAAGAAAAAAUAGAGUUCCAGAGUUUUGGCCUAAAUCACAAUGUUGCUCAAUUUUGUGUUUUGAAGAUGAAUAAAAAACAAGUGCAGUCAAAGUCACACAGACAAGAAUCAAAGUCAAAAUUGACUCCAAAUCAAAGUUUAGUGGUUGGGAAUAUACACGUCCUCUAUAAUCCAAGGCGAGGAGACAUAAAGCUAGGCCAGGUCAGACUGUUUCUUGAAAAGGCCCACUGUCUAUCACAAGAAUGGGGCAGCAUUCCUGUUAUACUUGCUGGAGAUCUUAAUAGCACUCCUCAGAGUCCCAUGUAUCAAUUCCUGGAAUCAUCAAGGCUAAAUGUCCAAUUCCUGGAUCGCAGAAAUAUCUCUGGGCAGCAGGAGUAUGAAUGUUGUGGCAAUGGAUUUGCAUUUCAAAAUUCUAAUAUACGAAGGUGCACUACUUCGGCGUCUCAUUCUAAAACAUGGAUGAAUGGGUGGAGUGAAGAGGAGUUGAUGCUCGCUACUGGCAGUAGAACAGCCACUCAUUUGCAACACAAUCUCAAGUUAUACAGUGCAUACCUUGGAGUUCCAGGGAGCCGUGCAACAAGAGAUAACUAUGGAGAGCCAUUGGCAACAUCACAUCACUCAAAGUUUUCGGGAACCGUUGAUUAUAUUUGGCAUACAGAGCAACUUAUCCCUGUUAGAGUUCUUGAUACCUUACCAAUGCACAUUCUGAGGAGAACUGGUGGCCUGCCUAGCAAGGUAUGGGGGAGCGACCAUCUUGCUCUUGUAUGUGAACUGGCAUUUGCUGCUGCUGAUGAUGAUGAUAAUAAUAAGAACAUGUAAGUGUGCUUAGCAAGAAGAGAAGAGAUAUCCAUAUUUUGUCCAGAAGGCAAAAAUAUCCAUUUUUGUCCACCUUCCAAAAAUUUCUUCAUUUUGCUAUUUUUUCUGUACGCAGUUUUUUUAAACCGAUAGAAAAAAGGAACCCAUCACUAACAUUUCAAUUGAAAAGAAAUCUCAACACAAAAUAUGAAGUACUCGUGUAUGUAGUCAAUUCAAGAGAAAGCAGUAGACAAAGGCUCGUUGUUUUGGACAUCCGAACUCUUUACUAUCAUGGAUUAGUAACAUGCCAAAUGUACCAAUAUUAAUUCUUUUAUAAAUCCUUCACUUUCCAACAAUAAAUAACCAUUCUUUAU